AUGAGCACCCAUUCACCUCACAAUCUGGGCCCCAUUCACCGCGCGGUGAGUCGCCGCAACAAUCCCCCAGCUAAGGGGUCCAUUCACAAGCCCGCGUUGUCAACACCGCCACCAACGCUCACUCUGCCACCAACGCUCACACACCGCCACCAACGCUCACACACCGCCACCAACGCUCACACUGCCACCAACGCUCACACCGCCACCAACGCUCACACUGCCACCAACGCUCACACUGCCACCAACGCUCACACUGCCACCAACGCUCACACGGCCACCAACGCUCACACUGCCACCAACGCUCACACCGCCACCAACGCUCACACCGCCACCAACGCUCACACCGCCACCAACGCUCACACCGCCACCAACGCUCACACCGCCACCAACGCUCACACCCCCACGCAAAAUAACGAGAGAACACGUUAA